CACGUAUUAAGGAAAUUGGGAAAAGCAAACGCAUCCGUUCUAAGAAGCUUUCAGCUAGAAGUAGUCGCACAACAGUCUCAGCAGAAUUAAUAAUGUCCAAUCUAAUGACCGAUAUUAAAAGGCCCUAGUAUGAGUCAUCAAAUCAGUAAUAAGAAAGUAACAUAACACAGAACUGCUGAGACACCCAUUACAAUAAACAACUGUCCGCAAGUCCGCUCUUCGUACGUCCUAUGGAAGGGUCACUUUGAACUUGGAUCAAUCUACAAGGUAAUAGUAGCAUUUAUCCCAAAGGAUGGAUCGAAGAGCUCGAUUCGCCUGCGUUGCAUGUCGGAGACUCAAGCGAAAAUGCCCGAAAGAGUUACCGUCUUGCUCCCUAUGUCUUCGUCUCGAGAAGCGGUGCGAGUACCCACCACGAGCUCGGAAUGCGCCCACGAAUAAAACUGGGGAAUCAACUACUAGCUCCCAAAGCCCAAAUAGUGAAAUCGGCUUGCGAGUGACGAAUAAUGGCUCAGCAAACUUACAUUUGAACCAUGAACAAGAACCCCUGUUGAGGAAUAGGAGUAUCGAUGACUUUCCGGCAAUGUUCUUCCUAGAUUCCGAGGUUUGCUUGAAGCCUUUAUCAUCAGAGCUCAAUCAAGCAAUGCCUUCUGCAGCUCCAUCGUAUAGCCUUUCCCCAGAAGCACUCGCAGUCUACAACAGGUAUUUCUCCACACUUCACCACUGGCUACCCAUCUUGAGCAUGAAAAUCGCUCGACGACACAUAAGCGAGUAUGGGCCAGCUCCAUACUCCCCUUCUCAACUCCUUUUUCUCUGUAUGAAGUUGGUAUCGGAGCCUCCGUCGUCUGAUAUAUCUCCGAGAGAUAGUACGACUUACGCAAGAACCCUGGAGACCUUGUUAAAAGUCGAGAACUCAUGUCUCCCCUGUCUUCAACUCCUCCAAUCUAUCAUCUUAAUUGCUGUUUAUGAGAUUAGCCAUGCUAUCUACCCAGCAGCGUACUUACGCGUUGGUUAUGCAUCAAGACUCUGUAUCAUGAUGGGAUUCCAUGACCGCAAGAACGCCAACCAGCUAUUCAAAGACGCGGUGGGGUGGACGGGGCGAGAGGAAGAGCGGCGUGCGUGGUGGGCAGUGUUCUGUCUCGAUAGAAUCAUGAAUCAAGGUACUAACGGGAUGCCUUUAUCAACCCCCGAACCCAGCCCUGGGGAAUUGCUGCCAUGUCCGGAAGAAUCUUGGAACGAAGGCGGAAUCGGCUUCAACGAACCUCUAUUCGCAGCAUCAUUCUCUAAUAAUACUAGUUUAGGAUCAUUCGCAAAUGUAUGUCAAGCAGCGCACAUUCUCGGCCGUGUCUUGCAUCAUCGCGAUCAUCUUCAUGAUAGCGACGUAGUCCUUGGCUUUCGGCUAUCGGAAGCAAAACAACUCCAUCACAUUUUGACGUCGCUAUCCUCUCAUCUUAGUGAGAUACAUAGAGAAUCAUCCUCGCCCGGGGGAUCUAUACUAGUUGCGAUAGCCAUAUGUUUCUCUGCCCGUCUGAUCCUUUAUGAGAUAUACGCCUGCAAUGAGAGAUACUCGACCGACCACGGCAGAUCUUCCGAAGAAGCGGACAUGCAGCGAAAUUCGAUGGGUGGCAUUUUAGAGGUUGCAGAGAGUGUCUGGCAACUUUCUCGCCGGAUUCUGAGUUCGGCUGACGAGGACAGCGGAGAUGGACUCAGCAGGUAUAACCCUCUCAUGUGUCAUUGCCUAUAUACUGUAGCAAGCGAGUGCGAGUGGUUCAUGCGCGAACAAGAGGAUUCAAGCGCAAGAAUAUGGUUGCGAGAUAUCGUAACACUGCUUCAGAUAAUUGGGAAACGAUGGCGCGUCGCAGGUGUCUAUUUAUCCGAGAUCUACAAGUGGCCUGGGUAUAACAGCUUGGUCAAAUCAUAGAAGACAUAGUGUAGAUAGGUACAUAUUCCGAGGCUUUUUGACCAUUAUAUCUUAGUAGAUG